CACCUCCUCUCGCCCCUCCGACCCUUUCCCAAUCGCCAUAUCUAUACAACAUGGCUGACGCCGCUCCCCGUGGACGUGGAGGAUUCGGAUCUCGCGGUGACCGCGGUGGUGACCGUGGCCGUGGCCGUGGCCGCCGUGGACGUCGUGGUGGCGCGAAGGAGCAGGAGAAGGAAUGGCAGCCCGUCACCAAGCUCGGCCGUCUCGUCAAGGCUGGCAAGAUCACCAGCAUGGAGCAGAUCUACCUGCACUCCCUGCCCGUCAAGGAGUACCAGAUUGUGGACUUCUUCCUCCCCAAGCUCAAGGAUGAGGUCAUGAAGAUCAAACCCGUCCAGAAGCAGACCCGUGCCGGUCAGCGUACCCGCUUCAAGGCUGUCGUUGUCAUCGGUGACUCCGAGGGCCACAUCGGUCUCGGUAUCAAGACCUCCAAGGAAGUCGCUACCGCCAUCCGUGCCGCCAUCACCAUCGCCAAGCUGAGCGUUCUCCCCGUCCGUCGCGGUUACUGGGGUACCAACCUCGGUGAGCCUCACUCUCUGCCCGUCAAGCAGAGCGCCAAGUGUGGUUCCGUCUCUGUCAGACUUAUCCCCGCUCCCCGCGGUACCGGUCUCGUUGCCUCCCCCGCCGUCAAGCGUCUCCUCCAGCUUGCUGGUGUCCAGGACGCCUACACCUGCUCUUCCGGCUCCACCAAGACCCUCGAGAACACUCUCAAGGCCACUUUCCUUGCCGUCGUCAACACCUACGGCUUCCUCACCCCCAACCUCUGGAAGGAGACUAAGCUCAUCCGCAGCCCUCUUGAGGAGUUCGGUGAUGUCCUGCGCCAGGGCAAGAAGUACUAGGAUAGUGCUUUGAUGGGAUAAACUUUGCAUGAUUGUGUUUUGAAUCGAACUAUUUUUUCUACGGACUUCAAAAA